GAUUCGUCGGAUUCUCUGCCAGAUCCAGUUCUCAAAGCCUCCCGUGCCGUCCCGCCUCGACCAUAUACAGAUAUGCUCGUAAAAAACUUUUUUGACAGUGUCAAUUAUCACUACGGGAUUUUGCACCAGCCAUCCUUCAUGAUCGUCUAUGUCGACUGGUGGUCUCACCGGCGCGAGGUCCAGAGCUUACGCAACUCGUCAACCGUUGCUUUGACUUGCCUAAUACUUCGUAUUUGUGCCAACUCUACACAAUUUCUUUCACCACAAAAUUCAUCGCAGCUCGAGUCAGAUCUGGGCGACUCUGUUCGAGAUCUAAGCAAGUCUUAUCACGAGGCUGCGCAGACCAUUAGCGGCUUUCUAUCUCCAGGUUCUGGCGGCCUCGUUAAUGCACAACAGCUUUUUCUUUCCGCCACGUGGCACAAGGGGGAGGCGGAUUUUGUCAGAUCUUGGCACGAGCUAGGUGCUGCCGUGAGACAAGCUCAAGAAAUCGGUAUCCACAUGGAUAUACGUUCCGAUAAGAUGAGUGAAUUUGAUCUGGAGAUUCGACGAAGAUUAUGGUGUGCCUUGUACAUAUGGGAUAGGUAUGCCGAUCGAAAUUUGGCCGCUUUACUCGCGAGCUUUUCUGGUGCUAAUCCUGAUGUCCCAUCUCAUAUUAUUUCCAAGAUACUAGAGAAUCAGCUUGCAAGGCAGUUGGGCGAGGGUGAUCGUCCAGACAAAACAAAUCUUCAGGGCAAAAUUGCUUUUGUAGAAUCCUGGAUGUCUUCUUUGCCGCCAGUAUUUAGCGUUUUCAACCCACACAGGCGCUGGGAUGAACAUUAUCCGUAUAUACCGUUUCAGCGCCUACAGCUGCACUGCGUGGGUUAUAUGACCCAGGUUAUACUUUUACGGUCCAUCCUUCUUUCUUCUGAUAUUUUUUUAACAGAGCGUACCGGAGCAGAGAUUUCUUCAGAAAACAUGAUGUUAUUACAUCAGAUCGUGGAUAUUAGCCUAAAAGCUAUGUCCGUGAGCAAAGACACUUUUGAUCUUUGCUUUCCACAACAGGCAAAAUAUUACAUGGUCGCAUUUUGUCCCUUUGACAAUGCAGCAUUCUUAUGCUCUUUGUUAAUACACGAUGUUGACGGUACAAUGGUUCCUAGGAGAGCAGAAGUCGUCCAGGCGGUUGGCCAGGCAUUACAUAUUGCUCACCGUCUGCGCGGCUUCACCAAAAUGGGUGACACCACAUGGAGCAUCCUCUCAACGCUGAAAAGUCGAAUUACCUUAUACCCACUGGAAAGAGAAUUGAUAGAAGAGACGGAGAGCACUGGCACUCAACUUGCAAAAGACGGUGUUGAAUUGGGUGUCGAUUCGUUUCACCACUCCAAAUUGAAUGACCAGUUUCAGUCUAUUUUGGAUGAGGACUUACGAUUUGUGGAAAAUACAUUAGCGACAGACAGUGCUGAAUUCUUAGAAAUGGACUUGGGUAUUCUGGAUGGCGUUUGGAACUGGGACAGAGUGGGAUUUUAG